GGCUUGCAGAGAGAUCAAUGCAGUAACUUUACUCAUAUAUUUAUUGAACCAAGGCAAUAAUACUCCACAAAGUCGUGUUCACAUCCUUGGGUACUUAUUCACUCACGAGCUGUACGCUUAUCGACAAACGGGGAAUCAAUUCUGUUGAACACUCACAGACAAAGAACUGAGGGACAGGAAAGUUUGUUAUUCUGACUUUAAAGGCGUGUAUUAGUUGAGAUGACGAAUGGACAACACAAAUCGCAGCACUUGACAACUAUACUUGCCUUCUUCUGUCUUGUUAUUGCGGUUCACAGCUCAAAAGAGACUAUCCAGUCACACAACACCAAACUCGUCAAUAAUAUUCAGAAGCGGGAAGCAGACACAAGUCCUGAGAAUGCCGAUUUAGACUAUAACUCUUUUAGUGUAGAACCUGUGAAACGUAGUACCAAUGAUAUGCACAUUGACGAUUUACUGUUAUCAGAUUCCCCUGACAAGAGGGGACGAGGAGGCAAUAGAUAUGGUUUCUACGGUACUCUUGGAAAACGAGCUGAUUUAGAGGAUAUGGAAAAACGACGCAGGCGUAAAAUGUUUUACGGAUCGUUAGGAAAACGCAGGCAAUCAUUUUUCGCCGGAUUGGGAAAACGAGAUGAAGAUUCUGCCGGGAACACACUUAAUGAUGAUGAUUUAGACAAACGAGGAAGGGCUAACAGAUACUUCUUCGGAAAUCUGGGAAAGAGAGAUUUCCUAGAGGGGAAAGAUGAUGAAGAGGAUGUAGACAAACGAAGGAUGCCAUUUUUUGGAUCAUUAGGCAAGCGGGGUGGCAAUAGAAACUUUCGUUUCUAUGGUAAUCUUGGAAAACGGGUCGGAACCUCAAUUGAUGAGGACAGUGACAUGGCCGAAAGUGACGAAAUGGAAAAAAGGAGAUAUAGGCAACAAUUCUUCGGAACACUUGGAAAACGCGAUGACGGUUUGGAUUUAGAAAAAAGACGAAGAUAUGCUUUUGCUUCAUUGGGAAAGAGGUUUGAUGAUAUUGAAGAUGACGAGGACAUCGAAAAGCGUCGAAUGAAAAUGCGCCCAUCUUUUUAUGGAUCUCUUGGAAAACGGCGUCAAAUGUUCUUUGGCACGCUUGGAAAAAGAUCGAUAUCCUCUCCCGAAGAAGAACUCUUUGACGACCAGACUGAGAACGGCCAUACCCGCAGGAAAAGGUCCAUUUCAUCGUUGAAUCUGCCUAGGGCACUGAGGAAUGGUUCGUCUUAUGGUCGUGCUAGACGUUACAAUAGGAUUGCGCUUGGACGGCGUCUCAUUCGGAGGACACAGGACUUUCGGUUCUUCCCCCAGCUUGGCAAGCGGUCAUUUGAAACAUUCGAGGUUCCAGAGUAUAACGGACAGUACUGAAUGGGGACUUAUUCAUAUGACCUAACCUGUGAUUGGCUGGCUUUUGCACACUAAUUUCCUACCAGCCAUGGGGAUUCAUUUGACAGUGUUGACUUCAUCUGAUGGAUCUAAACUUGUUUUCAAAGAAACUGUUUUAAUAUUUUGCUGAAAUACGCGUAACAGAAUCAUCAUAUUCUAUUUUUAAUUAAAUUAUGAUAUUUUUCUUUGUAUAGUGUCGUGUUCUGCAAAUAUAUUUUAUCUUACGUUACGUCAAUGUAAUUCCCUGUACAGUUUUCAAAAAGUUUUCUUUCUCGAUCAUUCCUUAAAAUAUUUGUUUUAAAAUUCAUCGACUUUAGUUUUUUUUUUCUAUUUUCGAAACCAAUAUGUUGAAUACAUAAUGACUGUUUUCUUUCGUUGAAUAAAGUAUUUUUCUACUCAA